AUGCCUGCUCUUGACCCCCGCCUUGUCGUGGACGACCUGCCCACGUUUGACGACUUGGCCGAGUACGACGUCGACGAGGAACAGCAGCUUCGUCUCUGGGACAUGGAAGUCAAACGACUGGUAGAUGCCGUACAGCCCGGUACGCCAUUGCAGGCGUUCAACGGGACCGAAGCGUUGAAUGUCGACUCGAGGAGGUCCUACGAGAUCCUCUCCGAUCUCGCUGACGGACUGGUUGUGGCGUUGGCCGUCCUUGACCACGACGGCCAGAACUUGGUUGUCGACCACCAAAAGGGGCUCUUCGAGAAGCACCUUUUCCAGCGCAGCCGGCAAACAUUGGAGCGGUUCUGCGAUGCCGAAGCGGAACCCCACCACAGCGAUUCGGAUCAGCCGACUGCCAGCGCGGAGGACCGCUUCAGGUUUGUCGAUCACUGCACAGCCGUCAUUGCCAGGGUCCUACUCGCUGCUGCGGAGGGCAAACACUGGCAGAUCUUUAUCCUCGCAACAUUGGUCAAGAUCUCGACGAAGCUCAAGGUCGUGCUGGCAAAACCGGCUCAAUGCGCCCGAGUUUCCCUUGACAACAACGCCGCAGGUCCAUACAUGGAGAAAUUAUCCAUACCGGACCACGGGCAUCGUGAACGACGACAGCAGGGGUUCGAUGUAAAAGGUUUUCAAUCGGACUCUCCCAUGAACCCCCUCCUACAGAGUAUCUUGGCCGCCCGUGGCGGCCAGCCCAACAAGAGCGACUACGAAGGGCGGGAAGACGUCCUGAAGACAUUUUACUUCAUUCAAUGCACGAAGUACCGCUUGGUCAUGCUCCUGAUGUUCGAAUACCUGAUGGUACCCCUCCGGGGGAGUUACCGCCUCGUGAAGAGUUCUUUAACCUCGUUUGAGAUAUGCGCAAUGGUGUACGAGACCGGAUUCGAACAAUUUCGUACCAUGGUAUUUCAAGACAAUUGCAUGGACCUCAGCGGAUCGUCCGACCCGGGCAUGAUCAGCGUUGCCCAUGGGGCUUUUGUCGUGCUCAAGGAGGCCAUCAAAGCGUCGAAAGGUCUUUCAGCCCCGCCACGGAAUACUGGGGACAACCAAGCAUCUCAUGGCUCUCCGGGCAAUGAAGCCACAAAUGAGUCGGCGGGGACGCACUUGUCAUGGAGCUUCUGGAUAGACGAGACCGGGAGCCAGACAGUUCAGGAGCUUGAUCUGCGCUCCAUGAGCCAGGUCAUCACUGUGCUCAUACCCCUCCUGAUGGCACGGCCGGAAAGCAUCUACCAAAUUUCGAAGUUUGUCAACAUGGUAAUCUUUGCGGACCUCGACGGCAACCGGCAGGACAACCCGGUCAAGCCCAAGACUCACGAGGCGUACACGGCGUUUGUAUGUCUCACGACGAAAGACUUUGUCCUGAAUCAGCAGAAAACCUUUGCGGAUCACGAGCAUACCACAUCACUUUCGCACGCACUCAUGAGGCGUACCAACGUGCUCGCCGGGGACCGCAUCGGAGUUGUCAGGCGGACGUCGAGCUUCCCGAACCCGGAUCAGAUAGCUGAAGCAGAGGACCAGGCCACGAUCCAGAGCCGGGUCAGAGCUCACCAGGAGGAGUUGAAGAAGGUCAGCGCGCAGAUGAGCGAGUGGGUUGUCGAGGAAACGGGCAUCAUGGUCAACACCAAGCUGUACGUGACGUCGGUGAUGGCCGUGGCCACGCUCCUCGUGUGCGGCGGCAUCUCGGUCGGGGCGUCCAUCGGGGAGCGCAUCACGGGUGUGGACCCCUUCAACAUCGCCACGUUCUGCUGGGUGCUGGCGGCGUUUGUGAUACUCUUCUGCAAGACGGUCCGCGUGCACGACUGGCCGUGGAACGACUUCUUCCACAGGCGGGUGCUCUGCAAGAGUGUGACGGAGCUGUCGUCGGUGACGGGGGUCAAGCCCGACCUCAUACUGGCGAAGCUGCUGCACGACGAGUCGCGGACGCUGCUCGAGACCCGCGGGCCGUACAACUGCGUCUUCAACCGCAAGAGCGAGUCCCAGGACGGAUUCUCCAUCAACGUGCCGAUUUCAACCUGGACGAUGCUCCUCAGCGGGCUAAUCAUGGUCGAGGUAGAGGGCGAGCAGGGCGGCGGCCUCGUGUGCCUGGACCUGAGGAGGGGCGCCAAGUUGCUGUCAGUCGAGAACCUCGGGUCGCACGACUCUGAGGAAGGAAAGAAGUUCAUCUUCUGUGACCGCCUGCCGGGACAGGACGAGAAGCUUGUAAGUGGCGGGGGAGCGGAUCGGAUGCAGCUGAAACGAGGCCAGGAAAUGGUCUGGAUGCGGGCCGUUGGCGUAUAUGAAAAUGCGAAUGCCGAGUUUGUCUAG